AUGCAUUUCUUUGGCUCAGUCAGAAGAGUAUGCGGCCAGGGCAAGUCCUACCGCGCGGCACUGCGCUUGGAGUGCGGCUUCCCCUCUCAUCCCAUCAAGCCAUCGGUUUGCAGCUUCCCAGCUUCCCCUCUCGUUUUGGUCAGUCGCCGUGAGGCCUUCCGAAAGCUCGUCCGGCGGGAGCAGCUGCAGAUCAUCCCCAGGUACGGUUUUGACGACAGCGAUGAGGGUGUUGAGGAGAUGCUCAGGGCAUUCCAAUGCUUCCAGGAGGAUCCCGACAUCUACGUGAAUUCAGCUGCCAUUGAAGAAGCGUUGCACCUGCAGCAGGCCAAGACCAGUUGCCCGGAUGCCUUUGGCCUGCGUCGAGUUGAGAAAGUCGACUGCAAAACGUUUGCAGUGCAACUUCUGCGAGCACAGCUGGUGGCCUUUAGCCACCCGGCCUUCCAGAAAUCCAUCCGAGCUUUGAAGGCCAAGGCAACGCCAGAGGACGGGUUCUACCAUUUGCCAGGCCGCGCCAAGCUCGCUUUGGAGGUGCAGAAGCUGAUCCUUCCCAGGUUCGGCUUUGAAGGGUCUCGCGAAGGCGUGCAGGCCAUGAUUGCCCACUGCUCGCAGUUUGCCACUGACGGCGAGGUGGCCGUUCUACUUGACAGCAUCAACAGCAGGCUGGGCAUGGAGGACUCUGCCUGCCGCCGGUUCCGAGAGAUGGCCGUGAAGCCUGCGCCCUUUUCUACUGAGUGUCCGGUCGUUACGCUGUACACAUGGCUGCUUGAGCUAAAAAUGCAGAACAUGCAGAAGCAGAUGCCACGGCCGUUGAGGCUGGCCAGCAAGGAGAGCGUGGAGAUCGAUUUGAGCAGUCAAGAAGACCCAAAGCCAACCGUCCUUGAGAGCGACGACGAAGUUCCUGAAGUGGUGUCCUUGCCGGCUUUGUCACCGCGCAAACGAUGGAGUUUCGCACGCCGGUGCCGAAGACACUCUGACAGAAGAGGGCACUCAGGUGCAGACUGGAUCUACCCAGCCUGGCCCGGUGGGCGGCGCAGCAACGUGGAUUUGGUUGAGAGCCAGCUCAUUCAGACCAAGGCCAAGAUCGAGGACGACGAUGAUGAGCACGGCGAGGUCCACAGCGUGCUUUUCCGUCGCAGCUCCUUGCUGCCGGAGGAUUUAGGUACGAAUCAUCCCGAUGCACUCUGCGAGCCGCAGGCAAUUCGUGACACCAUGCCAGUGCCCUUCCAAGCGCAGGAUGAAGUGCGGAUCCCGCAUCGACUCGUGCAAGGCUUUCUUUCUUCACCACAACUGGAGGCAGUGGCACUUGCAGCGCGCCGGUUUUGCCAACGCCUCACCACGGGCGCCAAGUGUGGCUUUCUGCUGGGGGACGGCACUGGCUGCGGCAAAGGCCGCUGCAUUUCUGCACUGAUUUUGGACCAGUGGAACCGGGGCAGCCGACGUCACGUGUGGAUUUCCGCGACCACAGACCUCUACCAGGAUGCGGUACGAGACCUCCAGGAUCUGAACACGGGCAUCGCAAUUUGCAACCUGGCACGGGUGAAGGUGACCGGAGAGCUGGACGAUGACAAGACUGACCGUGAGCUUGCAAAGCUGGGCAAGACCAAGGAUGGGGUGCUUUUCCUGACGUACUCGCUGCUUGUCUCUGCAGGACGCAGCGGGAUGUCAAGGUACAAGCAACUUCUGGCGUGGCUGUGUCGCUAUGAGAAGGAUGGCAGCGGCCUGCUAGUGCUGGACGAAGCCCACAAGGCGAAGAAUCUGGAAAGCUCACGGUGCGCAGCGCUGGUGGAAGACUUGCAAGCCAUGUGCACCAACUGCCCUGUGCUCUAUGCCACUGCCACCGGGGCUACGGAGGUGUCCCACCUGCAGUACAUGGUGCGCUUGGGCUUGUGGGGGGUGGAGGACCGCCCUGACCGGAAUCCUGACCGGAAUCCUGACCGGAAUCCUGACCGCGACCGGAAUCCGAAGCCGCCGUUUCCCAACUUCGCGUCCUUCCGGAAGGUCGUGGAGAAGGGCGGCGUCACGGCCAUGGAGCUGGUGGCGGUUCAGCUGAGGCUCUCGGGCUCGCUCUCCUGCCGCUCCCUGGGCUUCGAAGGCACCAAGUUCGAGCUCUGCACCGCCACGCUGGGGCAACCCGAGAUCCAGCAGUACGACGCUGCAUCUGAUCUGUGGAGGGACUUGCGACAGCACAUGGAGCUGCUCCAGGACAUGGACAUGUUCAGGGACGAUCUCAGCCGCAGACUCCUGGAGUCCCAGUUCUGGGCAGCACAGCAGCGCUUCUUUAAGGGCCUGCUGGUAGCGGGGAAAGUGCAGAAGGCCGUGGAACUGGCACAGCUGGCUGUACAGCACGGAGAGGCGGUGGUCCUGUCCCUGUGGACGACCAAUGAGGCAGCCAUACAGAGGGCAGGCCUCUCCGACACUUUUGCCUCCGGCCCUGAGCUGACCUUUGAGCAGUACGUGCAGCAGCUGCCGACGUCCAAAGGCGGCCAGGAGAUGGCCUGGGCAUUUGCCGCUGCAGAUGACUUGGUGCGGCGGGUGCGAGCAUUGAAGCUGCCACCAAAUCCUUUGGACGACUUGAUCGACCGAUUGGGUGGGCCUUCCUGCGUGGCGGAGAUGUCUGGCCGCUCACACUGCAGCCUCAAGGACCCCACUGGCACGGUCAAGCAGCUGCGCCGCGGGCCGGGAAGCCAAAGCCGCAAAAGAGCGAGGGAGCUUUCAAGCCGCGACCGCGGGGACCGCGGGGCCGGGGCUUCGGUGAACGUGGCGGAGCAGCGCGCCUUCCAAAGUGGCGCCAAGACCUGCGCCGUGAUCACGGAGGCCGCCUCCGCCGGCAUCUCGCUCCACAGCGACCGCAGGGAGCUUCGUCCAGGAGCUCCCGAGCCGCGGCGGCGGCACAUGAUUUGUCUCGAGCUGCCUUGGGCUGCCGACAAAGCCGUGCAGCAGCUGGGGCGGGUGCACCGCUCCAACCAGCUCUACCCACCAAAGUUUACCUGCAUUGUUACGGACUUGGCUGGGGAGGCGCGCUUCGUGUCCGCGGUGGCGAAGCGCUUGAAGCAGCUGGGCGCCAUGACCCGGGGCGACCGCCACAGCGGCUUUGGUUCCCGUGGCGAUGCUUUCGGCUUCGGGCACAUGGACCUGAUGAGUGGCCCAUACGGGCCAGCUGCCCUGUCCAAAGCACUCUGUGAUGUGACGCAGCAGCAGACACAGCUGUCACUCGGUCUGAGCAAAUGGCCUGGAGGCUGGAAGGAGUUUGCGGAAGCGGCCUUUGUGGCGGUGGAAGCGCAGCAGGUUUUCAUGGGCCGAGACCAGGAUGGGAAGAGCUUGCGGCGGUUUCUGAACCGCGUUCUCGGCAUGCCCUGCCGGGUGCAGGAUGGUCUUUGCGAGCUGCUCGCCGGCCACGUCGCUCGCAUGGAAGACGCCGACCGCCGGGAUGGCUUGCUAGACCGGGGCGUGGUGUCGCUCAACCAGAAUGGCCGCUGGGGCAAGCUGCACAAAGUCUCUGAGCUGCGAGCAGACCCCCUUCCAGGAGACUUGGUACUGCGGGAGCUGCGCCUGGAGCGGGGCCUGGGUUUCACAGCGGCGACGCAGCUCCUUUGUGCCCGGCAGGACAAGGAGGAGCUGCAAGGCUUCUACUUGCGACCGGCUUGUGGAGAGGUCGUGCUGGCACUAAGACGCCGCAGUGACCAAGCCUGCUAUCAGCUCUUGUUCCCGCACGACAGCCCCAAGAUGCAACUGGAUGGGAAUGCUUGCACGGCAGCCAAGCUGAAGACAAGCUCCCUGAAGCGGAUACCUGAAGAGUCAGCCCGCGACCCAUGGGAGACGCAGCGCCAGCUGUCCGCAUCCCAAUGCAUACAUCGGCAGCGCCGUCGUGACUGCGGCGCCCGUGACUGCAGGGUCGGACGGCGCGUGUUCGAAGAGACGAUGCUGACAGGACAAGUUCUUGUGCAUUGGGACUUCCUUUGCAAUCUGCUCGGGGAUGGCACCUCCUUGGUGCGCUGCGAGCUGGACACGGGUGGAGUGCUGGUUGGCCUGAUGAUCCCGCACGAGAGUGUUGCGAUGGUGCGGCAGACUUUAAUGGAGCGUGCGGAGAAGGAUGUUGCACAGGAUGAUCCUGGGCAGGAGGGCGCGGAAGAGGAUGUUGCAGUGGGUGAUGCGGCAGAUGAUGCAUGGCAAGUCGAGCGAGACUUUGCAGAGGACGAAAGCAGGGAUGUCGAGCUUGAGGAUGAGAGCCAUGGCCUUCGGCAUGACCCUUACCAAAUCGCUGGGCCCGAAGAGCCCGAUCAGGGGGAGCCUGGGGAGCCUGAGCGUGAGAUAUCGGUGCAGUUGCUCCGAUUCUUGGCGGAGAUGGGGCCCGCCGUGCAGGCGCCCAGUGCAGCGGUGGCAGCGGCGUCGCGGCGGCUGUGGCGCCUGGGGGCCCUCGAGGUCGCAGGCUACGCGUCCGCCCGGCUCACGGCGCUGGGGGCCUGGCUGGCCCGGGCCGACCUCAGCGACUUUUCGGGCCCGGACCCGCCGGACCCGGCGGACCCGCCGGACCCGGCGGUGGCGCGCGCGCUGCUUGUUGGAGCCAUGUGGGGCUGCCUGGUGCCACUGGCCGUGGUGGCAGCCAUGCUCACCAGCAAAGGGGGCAGGCCAAAGCGGCGCCCGUCGAGGGAGACAUGGUCUGGGCACUGCGUGAUGGUGGCCGCCUACUUCAAGUGGAAAUCGAACGCAGGUAAAUCGUCCGGACCGGCAAGUGCCUUCUGGGAGGCAGUGGACUCAAAGGUUAUUGCUUAUUGCCAUUUCGCUCAGACGGAGCUUGGAUACGUGGGCGACGAUGCCUCGUUUGAAGCUGAUGGCGAAGUACUGACAGCAGUGAGGCAACCAGGAAGCAAGCCUUGGACCGCUGCAGCCUUGCUGGACGAGCGGCCUUCCUUGGUUUUAGCAGCUCUUUGCGCAGCCUUUCCGCCACGACCCAGCAAGGGCCAGUGGCUGGUGCAAGCUGACUGUUGCGGCGACGAGGAGACUUGGGUGAGCAGCGCUUUCGCGUGCCUCUUCGCAUCAUCGUCUCCACGCCGCGAAGCAUUGGAGAUGAAGCUGGCCGGGGCGCGCUGUCGAAUCAAGCCAGGCUUGGAGACAUCGUUUCAGGAGGCCUGCGCCAUACGCGCGCAGCUGUCCUCUAGCCUGGCGCUGGCCCUAAGAGAGUCCACACCAGUGGGAAUGAACUCAGAGGUCAUUGGGCGCGCGCUGGCUUUCUUGACGUCUCCUGCUGGGGAUUUCUUUGAUCUCCUGGACACUGAGCUGGAGAUUGCAGAAGGUGCGGCGGAGGAGAUUGGCCUAGGAGUGCUCACGCUUCUUGGCCGACCAGAUGCCGGCAGCGCCUGCGGUGGCUAUGAAGCCGGCGCACGUGGCAGCUACAAAGAUGCGGUGCGUGGCCGGAUGGUGCCGAUGCGGGCCAGGCCAGGCAGACAGGUGACAUCGCUGGCAAAGGGCCCAGCCGACUCAUCCGAGCCAAAGCGAGCUAAAGCCUUGGAGGACUGGGCCACGGGCUUGGUGUUGGUGCGGCUGCUGUCGGCGCUGAAGCGACGGGCCGCGGCGGCGGAGGACUUCGACGUGGCCGCGCAGCUGAAGCGCCGCCAGUGCGGCGCGGAGGCGGCGCUGGGCGCCGAAGAGCGCCGCGCCGUGCAGGCCCUGCAAGCUCCGAAGCUGGCCGCCAUCGAGCAGCUUCAGGAUCGCAAGCGCAAAGCAGUGGAGAUGGAAGACUACGAGCUGGCUGGUCAGCUGAAACGCGACGCAGAGGCAUUAGAAGCCGAGCUCCAGUCCGCAGAUGAGGCUGCGCUGCAAAAUGCAGCAGCGCAGCAGGCUUUGCAGUUUGCCUCUGCGAACAAGCAUCGCCGGAAGAUGCUGAAAGCUGCGGGCGUGGAGGCUCUUCGCAGUCUGAAUUGUGCAGACGUGUGGGAGGAAGUUGUAGCGAGCCUUUCCGAGACAGACGUCAAGUCCGAAAAGGGCUGCCGCGGCAAAGUGCAGGUUCAACAUGAGCCCAGCUUUAUAUAUGUGUGUGUCACAAAUGUGUCCCAUGCAGCUUGGUUCAAAGCACCUUUCAUUGCUCGUUGA